AUGUCCGACAGUUCGGAUCAACUGUCAUCGCCGAAUAGCGACUGCAACAGCCAGAUGGGUGCUGUGCACCGAAACGCGUCCGCCGGCCAGUACGAUAACUCGUCGAUGCCGGGGCUUUCUUUGACCCAUCACGCUCACCCCCAAAAUCUGACGUCCGCGUCGAACGGAAGUCCGCAGUAUCAUCAAGAGUUGACCGGCUGCAGUACCGGGUCCGGGAACGUCGGAAACAUCGGGAACAUCGGGAACAUCGGAGGACUGUCUCUUGGAACCAGUAUCGGUAACUACACGCCGGACCAAAUAUCCUGCAUGUGCGAGACAUUGUCGCAGAGUCAGGACAUCGAGAAGCUCACUAGGCUUCUGUGGUCCCUGCCUCCGGGUGAACUGCUGCGUGGAGACGAGAGCGUCCUAAUGGCGAGAGCGAUGGUAGCUUUCCAUCGAGGCGCUUAUCACGAACUUUACUCGAUUCUGGAAAGCCACCCGUUUUCGCCCCGUCGCCACGAGGAUCUCCAACAGAUGUGGUUCAAGUCGCACUACCGCGAGGCGGAAAAAAUCCGCGGCCGUCCUCUUGGUGCCGUGGACAAGUACCGGCUACGGAAGAAGUACCCGUUGCCGAAAACGAUCUGGGACGGUGAGGAGACCGUCUAUUGCUUCAAGGAACGAUCGAGAACCGCGCUGAAGGAGUGUUACAUGAGAAACAGGUACCCGACGCCCGACGAGAAGAAGAAUCUCGCGAAGAAGACCGGCCUCACUCUGACCCAGGUGUCGAAUUGGUUCAAGAAUCGACGUCAAAGGGAUCGAACUCCUCAAACGAGAACGGAUAUGUUGCCGUUGAAUUGCCAAAGCAACGCGAACAACGCGAUCGGCAACUCCGUGAGCAACGGAGAAAGCAUACAGUCCUUGCAGAGCAUCGAUUCGGACGGUCCGAAUCUUGCGAUGUCACCGCUGUCCACGAUGGGCAUGUCGCCGGUCGGAAUGAAUCCGUGCAGCCCGAUGGGCAUGAGCCCGAUGGGCCCGCAUCAUCACGGAUACGCGGCACCCGUCACUCCGUCCUCGGUACACGGGACUCAUCCUCACAACGGCGGUCUCAGCCCCAUGAACGACGUCAAGGCUCUUUGCUAUGGACGCGGAGUCUACGACACCGGCAAAGACGUCGAGCAAAGUUCCGUGUAUUACUCGAGUCACUCGAGCAUGCAUCAUCAGUACUAUCAGCAAACGCAUCAUCAGAUGAUGUCCUCCGCUCAUCAUCACCAUCAUCAUCAUCAUCACCAUCAGCAAAGCAUGCCAGCCAGAUACGAAAUCAUGCUGCCGCCCCCGCAACACUCGAUGUGA